ACCGACGUUUUUGAAUACGGUGAAGGCAGUGGUUUUUAAGAAUUUGUUCCCUAUAAGCUUGGUCUUUUUCGUAGCUUUAGGAAUUUUGGCUCCAGAACCUGGUGUCUUCUUCAGCAAAUUACCGACCCACUACGUCUGUGUCAUAGGUAUCUUCCUUCACAGUGGACUCAAACUUAAAACAGGGGAAGUGACAGACGCCUUUAAAGCAUUCAAGGCUCUGAUCUGGGGUGUUAUUUGUAUUUUGUUGAUUACGCCGAUUGUUGGUGGGCAUUUAACUGGAUUGUUACCAUUCACUGUCACAAAGAGUCAUGCUACGAAAGACUGCUCUGACAUAAAUGGAAGUAAUUCUUGGAAUGGAACUUCCUUGUCCCCUGAGGAAAACCCAGAGGGUAGUUCAAUACUUGGUCCAUUUUUUUUUCAAAUAGGAAUGCAGAUUUAUUUUAUUGUGCCGUGUACGAUCUCAUCCGGCGUUAUCUUGGUAAGUUCAAAACUUGUUAUAGAGUGAUAGGGAAUUUUUUAUGGAACUGGUGAGAUAGGGGAAAGUUUCAUUCUUUAUCCAAAACCUCCUCCUUCCCUACACACCCACAACACUUGCAGAAUAGUGGGGUUUUUAUUAUUAUCAUUAAUUUAUUUAUUUUGUCAAGGAAAUUGUGACUUUUUCUCCAAAACAGCCGAAAAAUCUGACCCCGAUCCAACAUUUUGUCAAAGAUGUCAAUAAUCAGCUAUAUUUUAGAAUAUUUUAUAACCUUUAAGUUUUUCCUGGCCGUGUAAAUGUGUUGGGUUUUUGGGCAAAAUACUCACACUGCCUCUCUCCACCAAGGAGUAUAAAUGGGUACAGGCAAAUUGUAUGAUGAAACUCUGAGGGAGGAAAAGGAGGGGGAAACCUUGUGAUGGACUAGCAUCGGGGGAGGGGGGUAGUGAUACUCCUUGUUGCUUCAUGCCUAGGAAACUGGGAUAAGCUCUAGCUGGGAUGGGCGGCCAUAUGGCUUAGGGGCAGACUUUGCAUUUUCCUUUUAAUUUCCAUAAUUUAAAGGUGCAUAAAAAGAGAAAUGAUUUGUUGUAUUUUUAAUAUCCUCAAGGGGUGUGGAUACAACAAGGAACUUCUCUGGGCUUGGAGAACAUGUUCAACAUUGUAGAUUUAGAUAGAAAUUAGGCAAAACGUAUAUUGUUCUCAUUUCAAGAAAAAAAACUCUUAUAUUAACCAGUAUUUUUCCCAAAGAAAUUUUUUAAAGAGGAAAAACAACAAAAUAAUGAACUGCGAGGAGAACUCCUUGUUUUAUCUGAAAGUCUAAAGCAAUAACAGCAAUAACUAAUAGCAAUAACUUCUGAGUUGGUUAGAAUUGUUCUUAAAAGUGUCUUAAAUCCAGGUUGGGCUGAAUGAAUAAUUGACACAGACACCAACAGAACAAACGUGAUCAACAUGUGAAACAUUUUUUAGGUGCAUGUGAAACAAAUGAGCUAAGUCAACAUCUCUCUUUCAAAUUCAAGUGCCCAACUUUCAUAAGAUUCAAUUUUAUUUCAAGUUCAAAAGUCGGAUUUUUCAUCAUUUCUAGUCAAAGAAGUAAAAUUCAGUCAAAUAGAAAUUUCCCAAAAUUUAAUCUCUUAUUUCUGGGAACGUAUUGAAAACACGGGGAAUUGAAAAACUGCAGAGCAAAAUGUAAUCGUGUUCUUUGAAGUUUAUCAGCACUUGUUUUUAUCAACACGAUUUAAGCACACACAAGCACUUCGAUUUAUUGGAGAAGUAUUUUACCAUAUUUUGU